UGUAAAGGAGGUGGUUCGUCGGUGCGUGCGCACGUUAGUUUGUGAGUUUGCGCGUUAGCUGGGUGCUGCUGCGUGGAUGAUGGCUGCGUCGAAGCCCGUAGAGCCUCAGUCUGGGAGUGGGCUCCCCCGUUGGCAGCUAGCGCUCCUUGUCGGGACUCCGAUCGUCCUCGGUGUCGGAGCUGUGUACCUGUGGAACCGAAGUCGCGGCAAAGAAAAACAAGGGAAAAGGAAUGGGGAGAGGAAAACCCCCGAAGGAAGCGCUAGCCCUGUUCAGGGCCAGCACGGUGCGACCAACCCAGAGCUGGAGAACAUGAGUCCCCUUGACAGAGCACAGUCUGCUAAGAAUAAGGGCAACAAAUACUUUAAGGCUGGCAAAUAUGAGCAUGCCAUUCAGUGCUACACGGAAGCAAUCAGCCUAUGUCCCAAAGAACAGAAAGGAGAUCUGUCCACCUUCUACCAGAAUAGAGCUGCAGCCUAUGAGCAACAGCUGAAAUGGACAGAAGUGAUACAGGAUUGCUCUCAGGCAGUCGAGCUGAAUCCCUGCUAUGUAAAGGCCCUUUUUAGGCGUGCCAAAGCACUGGAAAAGCUGGGUAACAAGAAGGAGUGUUUAGAAGAUGUGACGGCAGUAUGUAUUCUGGAGGUUUUCCAGAACCAACAGAGCAUGCUACUCGCAGACAAGGUUCUGAAACAGCUGGGAAAAGAGAAGGCCAAAGAAAAAUACAAGAACCGGGAGCCCCUUAUGCCAUCUCCUCAGUUCAUCAAGUCCUACUUCAGCUCCUUUACGGAUGACAUAAUUUCACAGCCUUUACAGAAAGGAGAAAAGAAAGAUGAGGAUAAAGAUAAAGAGGGUGAGGCCUCAGAGGUUACAGGAAGCUCAGGCUACCUAAAGGCUAAGCAGUAUAUGGAAGAGGAGAACUACGAUAAAAUCAUCAGUGAGUGCACAAAGGAGAUCGAGUCUGGAGGCAGGUACACAGCCGAAGCUCUUCUCCUGAGAGCCACCUUCUACCUACUGAUAGGAAACGCUACUGCUGCACAGCCUGAUCUCGACCGUGUCAUCAACAUGGAUGAUGCCAGUGUCAAGUUACGUGCUAACGCGCUCAUUAAACGUGGAAGCAUGUACAUGCAGCAGCAGCAGCCCCAGCUUUCCACGCAAGACUUCAACAUGGCUGCAGAGAUCGACCCCCGUAAUGCAGAUGUCUACCAUCACAGGGGACAGUUGAAGAUUCUGCUGGAUCAGGUAGAGGAGGCUGUGGGAGAUUUUGAUGAGUGUAUAAAGCUUCGACCAGACUCUGCACUUGCCCAGGCCCAGAAGUGUUUUGCAUUGUACCGACAGGCCUACACUGGAAACAACCCAUCCCAGGUUCAGAAAGCCAUGGAUGGUUUUGAGGACGUCAUUAGGAGGUUUCCAAAGUGUGCUGAGGGCUAUGCUUUGUAUGCACAGGCGCUAACAGACCAGCAGCAGUUCGGUAAGGCAGAUGAAAUGUAUGACAAGUGUAUUGAACUAGAGCCAGACAAUGCCACAACAUAUGUCCACAAAGGUUUGUUGCAGCUUCAGUGGAAACAGGAUCUGGAAAUGGGCCUUGAACUCAUUAGCAAAGCCAUCGAAAUUGACAAUAAAUGUGACUUUGCUUAUGAAACCAUGGGAACCAUUGAAGUCCAAAGAGGCAAUCUGGACAAGGCUAUAGACAUGUUCAACAAGGCCAUUAACUUGGCCAAGUCAGAGAUGGAGAUGGCCCAUCUCUACUCCCUCUGUGAUGCUGCUUAUGCCCAGACAGAGGUGGCCAAGAAGUAUGGGCUCAAGCCUCCCACUCUAUAACUUUUGCCUCCUUUUGCCACUCUCUACUGCCGGGCCACAGUAACCAUCCCAUUACCCUUUUUUUUUCUUUUUGUUUUUUUGUACUUCAUUAUAAAGAUGAUAAUUGUCAAUGAAAAAGAAGGCCGGACAAGUUCUGCUACCACGUGUUUACACUAGUUGUUAUGAGUACUGGAAGGUGGCACAGGAAAUUGUGGAGGAGCGGCAAAAAGAAUCAAGAUAAAGCAGAAAGCAAGUGAAAAAGACUGAUGGCUGCUUUGUUUGAUAUCAAAUCAUCAGUGGCAUAGCUCAAAUCCUCCCUCAUUGAGUAUGGCUUAGGCUAUCUUGCAACUUGCAACAGUACUCAUUUGUUCAUGUUCAGCCUCCCCUGCCAAUUGGUGUGACAAAUGUGAAUCUUUUUGAUUUAUAUAAUUUUAAUUUAAUUGUCAACUACAGACAUUGGGGUCCUUAAUCAGUACUUUUUUUUUUUUUUUUUUUUCUCCUUUCCAUCCAAGACACCAGAUUAAGUUUAUACCAUUAUACCAGUGUAUACCAUCAGCAGGACUGCAUUAUUGAUUCAUGGUUUGAUGCUGUAAUGUGCUCAAGGUUUGUCCUUUCACUGUCACAUCCUAGCAACCUUAUUUAUGGUCUUUGUUGUAUGGGAAGUGAAGGAUUAAAGUUUUAGUUGAGAUGUAUUUGUGUUAUAAAUCUGUUCUUGAUGUGUCACUGCUGUAAUGACACUGUGUUUAUAAGAAGGGGAUUAUAUUGAAGUUAAAUGCAAAAUUUGGCCAUACUGUUAUUCAUUUUUGUUUCUUUUUACCUCAAGUUUUUUUUUUUUUUUUUUUUUUACAUUCUGUGCUGCAUUUAAUAAUGUCAAUACAAAUUAUAAUAUCCUGUAGAAGAUAUUUAGCAUAUGAAAAAAAUCAAAUGGUACAACAAAUUUUAAAGCCCUGUACAAGAAUUUAGCUGUGAAAUCACCUUGCCCAUCUCUUCAAAGUGAGGCACAAAAGUGUUACAUUUUGAAAGCUUAUCUGUGAGAAACAUUGCAUUUCUUUUUUUGAGCAAGAACAUGAAUAAAUCUAGAAAAAAAACAUUAAUCACCAAAAUUACAUUCCUAUCAUUUUAUCUUUCAAACUGCACAUAUCUGAUUUUAUUUUUGUUUAGUUUCUCUUUGAAAUAAAAAUGUCAUUGAGGUGUAUGACUCCCUUCUUUAUAAAUCCUAAUGAAAGAAAAUAAAAGGAACACCUUACAUUUAGCAACUAAGUUCUUCCUCCCUGGUCUUUUGUUCAAAAUUUGCAUUAAUUUGUAGUCUUGAGAUAUUAAGGUACUUUUGUAUAUGUAGUGCUAUAAAUCCCUGUUUUCUUUUAAUUUGAGAAUGGUGUUUUUCCUGUUCAUAUUUAAUAAAACCAUAACUUUUUUUUUUGACUACUGUAGCCAUGACUACUGUAUCUACCUUCAUAUCCAUCUUAAAGGAAAUUCAUUCUAUAUUGUUUACCUGUUUAAGUUUGUUUUAUGACAUCAACAAAAACAAAGUGGCAUUACUGUCUUUUACAUAUAAAUUGAGAUAUUUUCUAUUUUUAAACCAUUGUUGAUUGAAUGUGUAACAUGGUUCGGGACUUGGCCUUUAACCUGAACAUAACUAAUAGUUUACAAAAAAUAGGAUGUGACCAUUUCCCUGUAUGCAUGUAUACAUUGAUCAUUAAGCAUUGCAUAAUAUGUAGAUGUUUACAUAUGUUUGCUUAUUUCUGUUUCCAGUCUGAUCGAUUGGUAGUAAUGGAUUUACAGACCAAUUUGAGGGAACAAUUCAAUCAAGACUGCUGCAUGUUUGAAGAUAACUGUUUAAAAUACAUUUUACAAAUGCAAGCUAAGUGACACCACCUAAAGGUUAAAAAUUAAUUUGUUGUGUUUGAUCUAUUGAAAGUAGCUGUGCAAUAAAACUAAAAACUCCUCAAGUAAAAAUAAAUACAAUAAGAGGGAAAAAUGUGAUGUUGGUAAAGUGUGUAAUAUUACUGUAUGAUAAUAUCAAAUAAAAAAAUGAGUUGCCCACAAUUAUUCAUAAAGCCAA